CUACCAGCAGCCUACCAGCACAGUGCAGUAGACCCCAUUUUUCAGAAGAUGAAUGAAUGGACGAUCCAGAUCCCAGUAGGGCAGUAGGCCAAUCCCUGAAAGAGAACACGGCAUUAGAGUUCAGAGGAUGCCAAGAUAAAGGAUGGGAGAGAGAUACUGAUGCUGAGAUGGUCUCUAGCACUAGCAGCAGUGAGAACGGUCAGAGAGACUGGGUGCAGAGAGGAGGAAGCAUGUGACUCUCUCUCUCUCUCUCUCUCUAGCCUCCAAUCAUCACCUCAUCAAGAAGGCAAGAAGCCAUUGCCAUUGGCUCUCUGGUUCUCAGCUCUCUUCCCCUUGCUCUGUCACUGCUUGGAGUGCUUGCUGCUUCGUUUUCUUGGCUCGAUUCGGGCGGCCAUGGCGUCCAGCGCCUCCCGGUUCAUCAAGUGCGUCACCGUGGGAGACGGCGCCGUCGGCAAGACCUGCAUGCUCAUCUGCUACACCAGCAACAAGUUCCCCACUGAUUAUAUACCCACUGUUUUCGACAAUUUCAGCGCCAACGUGGUGGUCGACGGAACCACCGUGAAUUUGGGUCUCUGGGAUACUGCAGGGCAGGAAGAUUACAACAGAUUGAGGCCACUGAGCUACCGCGGAGCCGAUGUCUUUGUGCUUGCUUUCUCACUUGUGAGCCGAGCAAGCUAUGAGAAUGUCAUGAAGAAGUGGUUACCAGAGCUUCAGCAUUAUGCACCCGGCGUGCCAAUUGUGUUGGUUGGAACCAAAUUGGAUCUUCGUGAAGAUAAGCACUACUUACUUGACCAUCCUAGCUUGGUGCCUGUGACUACAGCACAGGGGGAGGAACUUCGCAAGCACAUUGGCGCGACAUUUUACAUCGAAUGCAGCUCAAAAACUCAGCAGAAUGUCAAAAAUGUGUUUGAUGCUGCCAUCAAGGUAGUGAUCAAGCCUCCAACGAAGCAGAGAGACAGGAAGAAAAAGAAAGCACGGCGAGGGUGUUCUAUCUUCUCAAGGCCAUUGCGAAAGGAAGGAGACUAUGCAACACUACAUAACCGGCAUGAGUUGGUGAUGAGGAAGAUGGCUGAACUACGGACCUAUGAACAAUCUACCUGAUGAUCUUGGGUACGCAAUUAUAAGUACCUUGCAGUUUGUUAUGAUAGGAAUCUAAGUGUUUCUUAGGUUUUCUAUGGUGGAGUUUGAUUAGUCUCCCUCCUACUAUCCUAUGGUCUGACAUUGUCGCUCUUUAGCUUUCUGUUUCCUCUAGCUUUGUAGGGGUUUGCGUUUAUGUUUGGUUUUCUCCAAAGUCGAGUGUUGAAAAUGGGGGAAUGGAUUUUCUCAUGUAGUCCAAAUAGUUAUGAAUAAAAU